CCGCAUGCAGACAAAUGCUCUGUUGAGUCAUUAUGAUGAUAGUUCAGCCUCCCCACCAAAAGUUAUUGUCAAACAUACUGAGAGGGGGUCCUGGAUUGGUCUAUAGAGCUUUCCUGAGAAGACUACUAUGCUGAGGCAGCCGAAAACAGCCUAGCUGUGAUGAACAAAGAGCAUCACCAGCAUCACUUUCACAAUAGUACCAAAACAAAGAAGCUGCUUUCCAGAAGGCCAGGCCCCCAUAAAGAGGCUUCGCUGCCCGCUGUUGCCGUUUAGCUGAGAGGAGCUCAGUGGACAUUCACUUGCGUUGUGGUCAUGUCUAUGGACUAAUUGUGGCCUGUCACUUCAAAAACAUCAGGACAGGAAUGCCUCUUCCAAGACGCCGAUCCUCCUUCCUGGGCCAGGGUGCAGCGGAGCGCCCUGGCAGCGUGGGACGCAUGAGCGCGGCUGCCACCUCUGCGCCUCGGGGAGUUUUCGUAGGCAAUGCUCCCACCGGUGGAAGCAGUAGCCUGGGCACACGAGUGUCCCGCAGGGCUCUGGGCAUCAGCAGCGUGUUUCUGCAGGGUCUCAGAAGCUCGAGCGCUCCUGUGGUGGCUCAGCCCGGAGAGCAAGGCCAUCCGUUCGGUGUGGACAGCCUGAACACAUGCCUGCUGGAGUACAGAGAUAAAGUCCAUGCUCUGGAGCAGCUCAACAAGCAGCUAGAGGAACAGAUCAGGCACUGCUUGGAUCGUAAAGCCGUCAGUGCCGGGACAUGGACCGGCCUGAAACAAGACUGGGAGGAUGUUUAUAUACAGGUCAGUGAAGCUAUUCUGGACAACGCUAGACUCAUGCUCCAGACUGAGAAUAUUCAGGCCAAUGCAGAGGACUUUAAAGAGAGAUAUGAGAACGAGCAGCCUUUCCGUAAAGCAGUGGAGGAGGAAAUCAACUCUCUGUACAAAGUCAUCGAUGAUGCAAACCUGACCAGGAUGGACCUGGAGAAUGAGAUUGAGAGCAUGAAGACUGAGCUGAUAAAUGUGGAGCAGAGUCACAUGGAGGAUGUUAAAGUGCUCUAUAAGCAGAUGUCCGGUCGUGAGGUUGAUGAGCCGGACGCUCCUACUGAGACCAGCCUGGACCAGAUUCUGUCCUUCAUUCGCUCUCACUGGGAGAGAGUGGUGGAGAAGAACCGUGCAGAGACUGAUGCCUACCUUGAGUGCAAGCAGGCUGAGAGUUUGAACAGUAAGCUGAGUCGAGAGGAAGAGGAGCUGGAGUGUCUGAAGACGGAGUGUAAUGACGCCGGCUGCAAGAUCCAGAAUCUGCAGGCCGAGACUGAAUCGAUCAGAGCCCUGAAACGAGGCCUGGAAAACGCCCUCAAUGACGCCAAACACUGGCACGACAUCGAGCUCCAGAAUCUGGGCUCUGUUAUCGGAAAGCUGGAGGCCGAGCUCACGGACAUCCGCGGGGACAUCGAGCAGCAGCGCCGCGACUAUGAAACCCUGCUCAACAAUAAGAUGAAGCUGGAGAUGGAGAUCGGAACGUAUCACGGCAUCCUGGAUGGAGAGGAGAGCAGAUUCUACACCUCCACAUUCCCUGCUGGUUCUUCAGUACCCGAGGGACCAACUGAUCCCACACCUUCCACAUCUGGACAACAGAGCUGUGCACAGACUGACGGUACACUUUCAACCGAAUAUUAUAACACAGAAUAACUGUAAAAUGAUCAGAUUGUUUUGUGAAUUUUAGGUUUAGCAUUAAUAGUGACAGUGUGUUGUAGGAUAUAUGCAGUGAGGUUUAAAAAUGAGUUUUGAUGUUCUCUGUUAGGAUCUAGUGCUCCUGAGGCUCCCGAAGAAAAAAAUGAAUUUUGAGUUUCAUUUGUUUCUCCUUACUUGUAAUUUACAUUUACUACAUGAUUUCUGUGCAGGUAAAAGAAAUACAAAUAAAA